GCCGGUCAGGCGCGGGCUACUGCGAUGGCCACCACCGGGGCCCUGGGCAACUACUAUGUGGACUCCUUCCUGCUGGGCGCCGACGCUGCUGACGAGCUGGGCGCCGGACGCUACGCUCCAGGGGCCCUGAGCCAACCCCCAAGACAGGCGACAGCACUGGCCGAACACCCCGACUUUAGCCCUUGCAGCUUCCAAUCCAAGGCGGCGGUGUUCGGUGCCUCGUGGAACCCGGUGCACGCGGCGGGCGCCAAUGCGGUGCCUGCCGCCGUGUAUCACCACCACCAUCACCCCUACGUGCACCCCCAGGCGCCCGUGGCCGCGGCGGCGCCGGACGGCAGGUACAUGCGCUCCUGGCUGGAGCCCACGCCCGGUGCGCUCUCCUUCGCGGGCUUGCCCUCCAGCCGGCCUUAUGGCAUUAAACCUGAACCGCUGUCGGCCAGAAGGGGUGACUGUCCCACGCUUGACACUCACACUUUGUCCCUGACUGACUAUGCUUGUGGUUCUCCUCCAGUUGAUAGAGAAAAACAACCCAGCGAAGGCGCCUUCUCCGAAAACAAUGCCGAGAAUGAGAGCGGCGGAGACAAGCCCCCCAUCGAUCCCAAUAACCCGGCCGCCAACUGGCUUCAUGCUCGCUCCACGCGGAAGAAGCGGUGCCCGUAUACGAAGCAUCAGACGCUGGAACUGGAGAAAGAGUUUUUGUUCAACAUGUAUCUCACGAGGGACCGCAGGUACGAGGUGGCCCGGCUGCUCAACCUCACCGAGAGGCAGGUCAAGAUCUGGUUCCAGAACCGCAGGAUGAAAAUGAAAAAGAUCAACAAGGACCGAGCAAAAGACGAAUGAGCCAUGCGGGGCUCAUUUAGGAAAGAGCAAGCUAGAAAGAAAAAGAAAGGACUCUCUGUUCCCUUCUCCCUUCUCUCCCUCCAUCCCAGCCUCCACCACCCGCUCAAAGCGGCUCUAAACCCCAGGCCUCAUCUCCCCCUGGCAGUCCCUGCUCAGGCUGGCUCCUAGGCCUGCGGCUUUAUUGGAGGAGGUAUUGUAAGCUUUCCA